CGAUCCCCCACAUCUAUCAACUUGUGGAGGAUCCGAUCUGAAGACAAAUCUGGAUCACCUUGACCCCUCUGCUCUCCUUGCUUAACCGCCUACUGCUACGAAUACCCCUCCAGUCCCCUAGACCUCACCGCAUGAAUCAGGUAUCAGGAUAUCACCUACCCCUUCCUAUUAGCAAUAUUUCGACGCUAUCCAACUCGAUCAUCUCGUUUACAGAGAUCCAUUCAAGAAGCGUUUAGGUAACUCAUGAUCUCCUUGGGGAUACAAAGACGAGACGCCUUGCACUGUAUGCUGCUCGAAAAGGCACAGUCUGUGAACACUGGCUUUGAAGCGGUGCGGCCAUCCGAGGCCUCGAUUAUGGGCGGAAAUGGCAUAGGUCUGUCUAUACAAGAUCCAGGAUACUCGAGCGGAGAAGCGACCGUAACCCCAGAGUCGAUUCUGUCCAAGCCAAGGAUCCGCCUAGCUUCUGUGUCCAGAAGCAACCUGAGACGGAGAGGUGGAGCUGAGCCAGCAAACCGUAAUGGUCUGGACCGUGCGAGCGGGCUGUCGGAAGCUCAACGUUUCUCACCUACCGAGCUGGGCGUCGCGACGGCGAGUGAGGCACCAAAUACGGGGGGUUCGAGCCAUGUCAGGAGUCUCGCUGCUGCGCGGGAAGAGAAACCGCAUCAAUCGAUGCAAACGCCUCUGGCCUGGAAUGCGCUCUACGACAAUGACGGCGAGGUCCUGUCUCAGUCUGCUUUACGACUGCGAAACCGCUCCACAGAUCCUGAGCAAAAAGCCUCUCCUACGCCGACACAAAUCAAGCACGGUCUGGUUCGAUCGUUGUCGUUCGAAAGUAGAUCCGGGAAACCGUACGCCCUCGAAUCGCUGCAGUAUCAGCGAACGGGUGCCUUCCUUGGCCUGGAGCGUAGUGAUGUCUUGCAAUCCGGCCAUGUGGGCGCAGAGGCUCCCCCUUCCCGGCAGUCAUACUCGUCGACAGCAGAGAAUACGCCCAGAAAAGCCUCGGACACGCGACGUCAGAUGCGUAUUCCCGCCCGCCGAUUGAGUGAGGGCUCAUCUUGCGGUUCUGGCUAUGCGCUCAGACCGAAAUUGAAUCGCAACUUUUCGAGCACCAAUUCGGUGAACAGUCACUGGAGCCGUCUGUCUGCGAACGACACAGACGGAUUGUCAUCGAACACGGAGUUUGACGAUAGAUCGAUCACAGACAUCCGUCUGCUCGCCCGCUUGGGUUACAACACGAAACCGAGCGGGAAAUCGAUGUACUCCACGGAGGACCCUGCCUCACCCCUCUCGGAGGAUGGCUUUCGCCUUUCCGGGGCCAGAUCUACUCUGGCAUUCGGUCCAAAGCGAGAUGCCGCCGCAAAGAAACCAAUCAUCUUGCCGAUCUUGCUGCUUGGGCUUCGACUACUGGCCGUGGUGCCUGCGACCGUUGGCAGCCUGGCUAUACUCUGGUCAAUCCUGCAAGGCGAAACAAAGGGUGCUCAAGCUGUAGCCAAUGCGCUGAUGGCGCUGCCGUGGGCUGUUCUGACAGGAAUAUUUUGUUUCGAGUUGACGUCAGGGCUCAGUCAGCGAUGGUUGCUUCACUAUGCACUCGCACCCACGUGUCUUCGUUUACUCUCGCUGCAAUCGCUAUGCUGGCCUUGCACGUUCUUGACGUUGCGAUACAUCGGCAGCAUUGACAUUCUCCUGGGGUGGAUUGUGGUUGCCACUACAACGGCGUGUUCCAGAUCGGUUCAGAUCUGGGUGACAAGUAAUGUACCUGAUCGAGUACAGCCGCGAUCCAACGAAGCAGAGAAGACCGUCACGGUAGCGACUACAACCCCCAGAGACGUUAAGGAGUCGGCUAGAGAGCGCUUUUGGGAUUGGCAAGAGAUAGGGCAGGUCGUAUGGGUACGGGUCGCCGUCUUGUAUGCUGUCACUACUUGGUUUCUGUUAGGAGCCAGACUAUAUUUCUAGAUGCAGCUAGAUACACCUCAAUCAAGGUUACGGCGUGUUUCGGCCUCCAUAUGAUGCGACUUCGAGCCUUGAUUCCGCUUAGAACUACCUCGCUACACGAGAGCUCGUCUCGACCACCAUGC